AAAUUAUUUAUUUUUUUCAAAAAUAGUUAUUGUUAACAUCAUCUCCUUCCUUCUUCCUCCAGAUAAAAAAAAAUCAAGUGCCGCAUUUGAAUGGCGUGAAGACUGUGUUAUAUAACAAGUUAUGUAUCAAUCUACGUCAAACAAACAGGGAGAAUCUUCUUCGUCUUCUUCACAGCCUCCUCAACAACAGCAGAAUGCUAAUGAACAAGACCAGGAGCAACAUGGUGACACAUGUAGUAUUCCUCCUGCUCAGUCUGGAAACGCUGACUCUCGUUCCCGUGGCACCGGCAACAACAACACGGUAUUCAAGAGUGGACCUCUAUCUAUUUCAUCAAAAGGGCUUGGGUGGACAUCUUGGAAGAAAAGAUGGUUUAUCUUGACGCGCACUUCACUUGUUUUCUUUCGAAGUGACCCGAGCGCAGUUCAACAGAGAGGCGGUGAGGUCAAUUUAACCCUUGGUGGAAUUGAUCUCAACAAUUCAGGCAGUGUGGUUGUUAAGGCAGAUAAGAAGCUGUUGACUGUUCUCUUCCCUGAUGGUCGUGAUGGACGUGCCUUUACACUCAAGGCUGACACAAUGGAGGAUCUACAAGAGUGGAAAACUGCUCUAGAAAACGCUUUGACACAAGCACCUAGUGCUUCCCAUGUUAUGGGUCAAAAUGGUAUCUUCAGGAAUGAUAAUGCACCAGAUGCGCCCCCUGUCGAUGUUGAUGAACCGAAAGAUGAGACACCAACAAAUUUGACUGUCUUUGGAAGACCAGUACUGCUUGCUCUAGAAGAAGUUGAUGGAUCUCCAUCUUUCUUGGAAAAAGCUCUUAGAUUUGUUGAAGAUCAUGGAGCCAAGACAGAAGGAAUAUUGAGACAAGCUGCUGAUGUUGAUGAUGUUAACCAUCGGAUUCGUGAAUAUGAGCAAGGGAGAAAUGAGUUCACUGCCACGGAAGAUGCUCAUGUUAUUGGUGAUUGUCUUAAGACUGUUCUCAGAGAGAUGCCUUCCUCUCCAGUGCCUGCAUCUUGUUGCAACGCCCUUCUUGAAGCUUGCCGUGACCGUGGCCAUAGAGUCAAUGCCAUGCGUGAAGCAAUUAGUGAAUCAUUCCCUGAACCAAAUCGUCGCCUUCUGCAAAGGAUCCUGAUGAUGAUGCUGGUUGUGGCCUCUAACAAAAACGUGAACCGGAUGAACACAAAUGCAGUUGCAGCUUGUAUGGCACCUUUACUUCUUAGACCUCUUCUCCAUGGUGACUGUGAAAUUGAAAAUGAUUUUGAUGUUGGCGGUGAUGGCUCUGUGCAACUUCUGCAAGCAGCUGCUGCAGCUAAUCAUGCACAGGCUAUAGUCAUAACAUUGUUAGAAGAAUAUGACAGCAUCUUUGGAGAAGGUUCCUUGUCAGCUGGCUUGUACUCUGACUCAGAAGAGAGUGGUAGUGGAUCCGAGGAAGGAACAGAUGAUGAAGAGUAUGAUGAUGAUGAUGGCACACAAGGAUCUGGUGACUACACAGAUGAGGAAGAAGACCUUGAAGAUGAAUCUGAGGGGUCAUAUAGUGAGAGUGAAGCCUCUGUCGACCAUCAUGGCGAUGACAUUGAUGAUGACCAUAAGGCACGGUCCCAUACUAAGAUAAAUGAUACUUUAAGUUCUGAAUCCAAAUCCCCAAAAGGAAGUAUGAAGCCUCAAGUUACUAAGAAGCUUUUAUCAGGCUCUAACCGGUCUUCACUACCACGGCAUGAUGAUGCAAGAAAGGAUGAUAACAUCCUAGCUAAAGGUUCUGAUCAUACAGAUGUAAAGGCUGGUGAGGUCUCAAAAACUGAGGAUAGAAACUCAUCUAUGAAGGAACCGUCUACAUUGUCUAGUGCAUCAGGAGAAAGUAAAAGGCACUGGGGCCGUGCCCAUGGGAAGAGAAACCUUUCCAUGGAAUCUAUUGAUUUCUCAGCUGAGGUGGACGAGGCCGAUGCUGACGUUGAAAGACUUGAGACAACCAAAUCAGAGCUACAAAACAAAAUUACAGAGGAGGUUAAGAACAAUGCAGUACUACAUUCUAGUUUGGAGAGACGGAAGAAAGCUUUGUAUGAGCGGCGUGAAGCUCUAGAGAAAGAUGUGGAAAGACUACAAGAGCAGUUGCAGCAAGAGAGAGACAAGAAAGCAGCUCUGGAAUCAGGACUGAACAUGUCAAAAGGGAAUAAACCUAUUCCAGAAACAACCGAUGUAAAGUUGAAGAAAGAUCUGCAAGAUGUAGCUCAAGCGGAGGAUGAUAUUACCAACUUGGAGCAUAAGGUUGAUGAUCUUGAGAAUAGACUUGGUCAACAGGACGUUAAAGCAUCUGGUGCCAGCAAAGAAUCUCGGAGAAGUCCAGAGCACAAUGCAAAAAUGAAGGAGAAACAAAAGGAUACAGAAGCAGCCGCUAGUCAAGCAACGCUCAAGGAAGGGCAGGGGGAUGCAAGAGGAAAUGAGAUAGAGAAGCAACAAGAUUCACGUGGCAAAAGCUCGCAAAAGGCUGCGGGCACGUCUAAGAGGUCUGGCUCAAAGGGAGAGGGAAACACAACAACUUCUGCACUUUCCAAGUUGACAAUGCGACUCAACUUCCUCAAGGAGAGACGGAGUCAGAUCGCUAACGAGCUCUCAAACAUGGACAAAGGAAAAAGCAGCUCAGGGCAACCCAGUCCAUCCUCGGGGCAAAAGAAAAGUCCCCAGGAGAGUGAAAGAGGAACAGGUUCGAACCAGAACCAGGAUUCAGACAGCAGCAAACUCACUAGCCCGCAUGUUCUUGACAGAGGAAGAUCCGAUAACGGAGGAGAUAGAAGCAGAGGAUCUGGUGGAGGAAACCAUCCCAGCACUACACCAAGGACCUUCUCUAGAUGAUCUCCUCAUUAGAGCUGCUUAACCCCAACUUCCCAAGAUGUACAGCCACCAUUUAACUUCAGGUUCUCUCCCCCAACAACAAAUAACAGAUUCGUUCUUUUUUUCUUCUUCUUCUUCUCUGCUCUACCCUCUCUUAUCUUGCUUCAAAGAUCAAAUAAACUACACUCUCUUUUUUUUUAUGUGUUCUUGGCUGUUCAGUGGAUAUGUUAUUAUGGUAGACAUUUACUUCAGAUUAUAGAAACAACAAAAUUGAAUUGUAUGUAAC